GCCCAUGGCGGGAGCCGCUCCGGCCACGGCCUUCGGGCAGGCGGUGAUCGGCCCUCCCGGCUCAGGAAAGACCACGUACUGCCUGGGCAUGAGUGAGUUCCUGCGCGCGCUGGGCCGGCGCGUGGCAGUGGUGAACUUGGACCCGGCCAACGAAGGGCUGCCUUACGAGUGCGCUGUGGACGUGGGCGAGCUGGUGGGACUGGGCGAUGUGAUGGAUGCGCUGAGGCUGGGACCCAACGGCGGCCUACUUUACUGCAUGGAAUACCUGGAGGCCAACUUGGACUGGCUGCGGGCCAAGCUUGACCCCCUCCGCGGCCACUACUUCCUCUUCGACUGCCCAGGCCAGGUGGAGCUCUGCACGCACCAUGGCGCCCUUCGCAGCAUCUUCUCUCAGAUGGCUCAGUGGGACCUCAGGCUGACAGCUGUCCAUCUUGUGGAUUCUCACUACUGCACAGACCCAGCCAAGUUCAUCUCAGUACUGUGUACCUCUCUGGCCACCAUGUUGCAUGUGGAGCUGCCACACGUCAACCUCCUCUCCAAGAUGGACCUCAUCGAGCAUUAUGGGAAGCUGGCUUUCAACCUGGACUACUACACAGAGGUCCUUGACCUCUCCUAUCUGCUUGACCACCUGGCUUCUGACCCUUUCUUCCGCCAUUACCGCCAGCUCAACGAGAAACUGGUGCAGCUCAUCGAAGACUACAGCCUGGUCUCCUUUAUCCCUCUGAACAUCCAGGACAAGGACAGCAUCCAGCGGGUCCUACAGGCUGUGGAUAAGGCCAAUGGCUACUGUUUUGGGAUCCAAGAGCAGCGAAGCCUGGAGGCCAUGAUGUCUGCUGCAGUGGGAGCUGACUUCCAUUUCUCCUCCACACUGGGCAUCCAGGAGAAGUACCUGGCACCCUCAGACCAGUCAGUGGAACAAGAAGCCAUGCAGCUAUAACAACAAGUGGGCCCAGGAUGCGUGAUCCAGUACUGGGGAAAGCAGAGGCUCCUGGUAAGCAGCAGCGGACAUCUCAGCAGGCUGCAGACCCAGGAGCGGGACCUCCCAGCUGGCAAGGGGACACUCAGCUCUACAGAGGACUUCUGGACAAAAAGCCAGCAUGGCAAAGAGCAGAGCACCUACAGUGCCCUCAGUGAUGCCUGGAGUCUGUGCCCUGCCACACCAGAAGUCACCACCAGGAAGCUGAGCACUGGCUCCACUUGGGCUGUGAUGAAAAAUGCACUAUAAUAGAUUUUAUUUUCUACUUUU